AAAUAUCCAAACGUCAAAACUUCAAAACAACAUCAACUCUAAUUUUGUUUUGGUUUCUGCUGGUUUUACGGAAGAAUUUUAGAAUUUGUGCUUUUUUUCUUGGUUACCGGACUAUGUAAAAUCGUGAUCUAGAGUUCAACGGUAUAAAAUUCAACCCACCCAAAUGAUGUCCUCGGCCGUCGAUAUUGAUCCCACAUUCAAACAUGCCCUCAAGUUGCUUCAUUCGUCGAACUCGGAUUCAGCAGAAAAGAUUCGCAACUUGUUGGAUGAACUGAUCAAGCAGCGCUACGGUGGAAGUAAAACACUGAAUAGCACCCUCAGUAAGAAGCAUCUGGCCGAAGAAAGUACCGCCUGCGGGAGUAAUCUUUACGUUCGGAAGCAAAAACCUGCUCCGGUAGUGGUGCGUGCUGUUUCACCGGUUGCAGGACCGGCACACGAUUCCAAACAGCAGUCUCCGGCGAAGAGUGACCUGGCGGUGGAAGGUGCGACACUUGAAGCGCUUACUGUCCCCCCGCCACCGUCGGGGUCGAUUAUUCUUUCCAUAUCGGACGUCGAAGGAAACGACGAGGAUGACGAUGUCGUGAUGGAAGAGGAUCAGCUCAAGGAGCUGGAAGACCUGAUGUGCAUCGUUUGUAAACGGAUGGAGCAUACGGCCCGGAAUCGGUUGGUUGAGUGCGCCGAUUGUCAUUCGCUGUAUCACCAGGAGUGCCACAAGCCGGCCAUUUCCGAAGCAGAUGCCAACGAUCAGGAAAAUGCCUGGUUCUGCACUUUGUGCAAAUCAAAAUCGGUCAGCAAGUCAUCUUCGUCCUCAUCGCCAGCCGUCGGUUCACCGGCAAAGGUUUCGUCGUCGUCAUCGCACUCCAAGUCAUCGAGUAGCAAAAGCUACGAGUCGUCCUCGUCCUCUUCGUCCAAGCACAAGAGUUCCAAAUCAAGCAAAGAAGGAUCUUCUCAUGAUCGCGAUAGGGAUAGAGACCGCGAUCGCGAUAGGGACCGGGAUCGAGAUCGUUCGGAUCGUGACCGAGAAAAGGAUAGGGAGAAGUCGUCCAAGAGUAGCAGCAGCAGCGGCGGCGGUGGUGGUUCGGAGUCGACGAGGGGAGGAUCUUCCUCGGCUGGGGGAUCAUCGUCGUCUGCUAGUACAGGGGCAGGUACGCCGAAUAUCAAUAUCAUCAGUGCGGACAAGCGCCUGCAGAUGAUGAAGAAGAAAGCUGCAAAGCUCCAUGAUAGCAAAAGGAAGCAUAAAUGAAAUGAUGCAAGUAUUUAAGGAAAAUUCUCCAGAUUAAUUUCUUUGGCCCGAUACAAUGUGAACUGUUUACUGUAUAAUAUUCUAAACACAACAAUGCUCGAGUACUUUUUCAAAUCGGCGUAUAUGUAACAUUUUGAUCAGACUAAAAAAAAUCCUUUUUUGAAACUAAA